AUGAUUGAGCCGUGCCGAAGGACCCGCCUGACCAAGGCGUACUGGGCUGCUCCAGCGAGCCGACGUCUGCGCAGGCGGUCGAAGACCGUGCCCGCGUAUCCGAAGAGCCUUCUCUGCGCCGAAAACUGCGCCGAUCUCGAUGCUGAGGAAGCAAGGCCACUGGCAGGAGGCGCGAAUCAGGUAGAAGACGAUUCGUUUCCGCUCUUCGGUCCUUUUCCCGCCUUCACUGGGGAGGCAGGCGGCGAGGGAGGUCUUGGCCUCCGGCUAAACGAAGCAGACGCUGGACGUCUGCAGGCUGAGCUGUCCGUUCCGGCAGAACAACUUCUCCUGUCUUUUUCCUCGCAGCAGGGGACGCGCCACUUCCGCCGCCGACGCUCCGCGAGGCUCGGACAGAACGAGAGCGGCGAAGGCUGGGGACAGUUCGCGGAUCAACGAUCUGCGCCUUCCCCAGGUGCGUGUUGCGAUCGCACAUCAGAGUCUUCGCGCACGCCCGCUUUGCCCCUGCCUACUGCUGGCGGGUCGACGGGGCGCUCACCCCCUGGACAGCUGCUACUUGGGCUGGCGGAGCCCUGUCUUCCGCAGUGCUCGUUCAUGUCUGCGAGGCCUGUCUGGAGCACGCAGUCUGAGUCGCCUGCGGACGAGCUAGUUGACCCUAUGGAAAGGACUAGGCGCCUUGAUUUCGCACUGCCCAAGCGUCAAGGAUCGGUUCCGGCAGGCCGCGUAGGCGCCCUCGUGAGAUAUGCUGACAGCUCGCCCGGCCUUAGAAGCUUGGAUAAGACGCCUGUGAAUCUUGCGACAAGAGGCCAAAGUGAUGUUGUCGCAGAGGGAAGCCUCGAUGCUGCAUUUAUCGCAGAUGGUCCGAACGCGACGGAAGACGCUCCGCGACGGAGCGGCCGGAAUGAGCCCAAAGAUUGGCGACUUUUUCAUUCACGAUCCUUACUGUCUCGCAUAUCUCUACCCCAGGCAUCUUUCGAACCGAAUGGCGAACCCGAACAGAGGCCAGAGAAUGCAGGCGUGCGCGCGGCUCUUCGUGGGAUGCCGCUCUCGGCGUCUGCCUCUCACGAAGCGCGCAGUUAUCACAGCGGGCAAGGAGGGGCGAGUGUGGAGCCUAAUGACAGCUUGCGUCGCACACGAGAGAAGGCGGCAACGUUUCCGUCAGGCAACGCUUGGGCUCGACAUGCUCUUCCACGAGAGAGACGGCGGACGGCCUCACAUGUAUCGGCUCCGACUGAGCACCCUCGACGGGAGACAGACGUAUCUGAAACAGAUCUUGAUCGGACUGUCUCCUGGCGUCUUAUGACUCCCGGUGGCGAAAACUCGGACAGCUGCGCUGACCCAGUCCGGCGUUCUGAAUGUGUUUCGGCUCCGCCUAUUUCGUGUGCUACUUGCCCCCUCCACCAGGUCGCGUAUUUGACCUCCCGUCGUUCCUCAGGCUCCCUGUCUAGUCAGAGUGGCAACCAAAGUCUGGCGCCUUCGAGUCCGUACCGUAACCCAGAACUGCGGAACUUUGGAGGUUGGGCCACGGCCCCUGCAUGCAGGCAGAGCCCCUGCCGUGCUCUGACCCACGGGGGGUUCUGGCGGAGCUCCAGCUGGGCUUCAAUCGAUGCCGUCCCCCGCAGACCGCCGAAAAUCGACGUGGGCUGUAGACGCCGACCGCCCACGACCUCCGCCUCGUUGGCCGUUUCGUCCUCGUGCUCUGCCCAACCUGCGAGCAGCGCGUCUUUGGCGCACGCGUCUCCGGAGGAGCUCUUUCUCACGGCGCGGCGGAAUCUCUAUCGCCAGGCCAUAGGCGAGUUUCGCGCGUGUCCCUUUUACCGGCAUGUCGCUGGGAUUUUCUCCGACGGGGGGGCCAUGACACGCCGCGACAUGGAGCGCGACUAUAUCUACAGAGCGACGUGCUACACGUCCUCGAACUACGACCGAGACAAGCUCCCCGCCUUGCAAGAGGCCGUCGUGCGCCUGUCAGGUGGGAUGCAGCUGGAGGUGGCUCCCGAGGACUACGAGUGGGCUGAGCAGAACCGCGCCAUCGCCUCUCGCACUCCUGAAGACGUUUUGCGGGUUGCCGACCUUUUGGAAUACCCGCGCAUGCUCAGCACUUUGGAUGAAGAGACGGUCAACUGGCUCGAGCUCCAGAGGGCGGAGGCGCACUGGAUCCAGCGAAUAUGCCUCUACAUUCUCUGCAUGACCGUCCUCGGCGGCACCCGAACGAUGGACGACGUAUGGGCAGCCGUUCUCGAGUAUGACUGCAUCAUCUGGGUCACGCUCAUUUACGCUGUUUCCCUCUUCAUCGUUUGCUUGCCCAUCAUGGCGUUCGAGCUGGCGAUCGGCGAAGUGACCCGAGCGUCAGCGCCCUCCGCGUACUGGUCUCUGUGCAAAAGGGCGAGAGGUCUAGGUCUCUUCAUGUGUCUCCUCAUCCUCACCUGCGAACUCGUCCCCUACUCAAGAUUUCCUGCCGAAUGUCUGGUCUACCUCGCGGAGUCUUUUCGCCACGCGCAACCCUGGAAGCUGACGGCCGACGAAGUUCAAGACUGCAGAAAACUGGGCAUCAACGAAUCACUCUGCCACGCCAGAAGUUACUGCGUCUUCUCAGAGCAAGGCUACUGUGUUCCUUACCCUAUUGGCAAGUCGGCAGUCCUCUACAACCAGCGAUUCGGCUACAAGCGACCCAACAGUUUUGCAUCCCCUUACCACCACCUGGCGGUUCUGAACUCCUUCUCCCCGUCAGCCUUUGGCCUCCAGCCGCGAACAGAGGCGCUGGCUCAAGCCGUUCGCAUGCUGCCUCCGAAGGCCGCGCCCGCUGCGCCCCGGAAGGCGCGCGAGGUGCGACACAGCAACGCGUGGGACUGGCGGCCUGUCUCUGCGGCGAGCUCGCCGGGGGCGGAGGACGAGGAUGACAGGAUGGUAGUUCGCGAGAAGAGGCGCGGCUCCGAAGAGAGCGCCGAGGGCGUUGCGGCGGUGCCGCCCCUAGGCCAACGAGCGGGCUCUGACGCAGGGGAGAGGCGGGCGAGAAACGCGAGGUCGGUUUCGAAGAGCGAAGCAGCUCGGCAAUUGCAGAGAUUUGAGCAGAAGAGGACACUGCAGGGCGGCAGAGGAGACGGAACAUCGCAGACGAUAGAACACGCAGAAGAGAGCACGGACGGAGGAGCGCCUCGAGCCGAGCUUGCUCAGCGCAGAGCGACCAGGCGGGCGAAAGGAUCGGCGGCGUUCGAAACGCAGAAGCCGAUAAAGACCCGCGCGGCGCCCUCGCAGAACGAGCGCUGGGGCGUAGAGGGGCCUGACUUCCAACUUCUCGCAUGCCUCGUGGGCACCUGGUUAAUGACGAGCUACUUCUUCAUCGCCGGCGGAUCCACGGUGUCUAUCGUCUGCGCAGGCGUCUUGUUCCUGUGCCUGGUCCUCUCCUUCGGCGAGGUCGCUCUCUCGAGCCGUUUCCUCAACCACUUCCUCGACGGCGCAGACUUCAUUCGCCCCGACAAAGCGCUGCGAGCUAUUGGAUCGCCGUCCGUCUGGACCACAGGCGUCCUCACGGCCGUUCGAGAUGUCUCUGUCGGCCUGGGCAUCUUCUGCACGCUGGGGGGACACGCGAGAAUCGGGCAAAACGUGAUGGCGGAGGCGACCGGCGCCAUGGUGACCAACGUCACAGCGUCCGUGAUCAGGCUGCUUCUCGUUGUCAGUACCGUCUCGUUCCUCUCGAGGACUCUCGGCAUCUCCGCGCGCGUGAUUCUCCAAGACGCACCCGUCGCCCACAUUUCCAUCAUAUACCCCGUCGCAGUCCUCUUCAGCGAGCCCUUCGAGCGCGUCAUGGGAAUCGCCUUGUUUGCCGGAGCGACGAUUUUGCUGUGCGCCACGCUCUCGAUUCUUCUGCACGUCCUGACCCGAGCCCUGCAAGACUGCGAGCUGCUAGGGAGCUUUCGCAAGCGCCCGCUCUCCCUGGCGCUCCUGGUGCUGCUGCCUCUCUCUCUGCCGCAGGCCACCGUCACCGGGCGAUACAUUGUCUCGAAGGUGAAAAAGUACGUCGGCUGCGCAGGCCACUUGUGGUGCUGCUUCGGCAUCACGGUCUUCCUUGGCUGGUGCUACGGCGUGAACACGCAAGCAGAGAACGUUGGACAUCUAGCCGUCUACCUCUACGCCCUGACAAACUGGCUAGCGCUGGCAGGUUUCUGCGUGCUCUGGCUGCAACUGGAGACGAUAGGGGCCUUUGUCGCGUACUGCGGCGGCUGCCUCGCCGUUGCAGUGGCCUCUGCCUACGUGGUGGCCCUCUGCGCGCCUGUGCUGCAGCGCGUGUGGGAGGAGACUUUUGCCAGAAGUGCAGACACGCCGCGAGCCCCCGCGCGGCAUCUCCCGUUUUCUUUUUGCUUUUUUCAGGACCGAAUGUGGUGGCUUCUAGUAGGAAACAUCGAAGUCCUUCGUGUCGAGUUCGCGCGCGUCGUCAGCGGCCCCGCCGCAGUCUGCGGGUUCAACGUUGGCUGGUCGGUCUCCAUCAAGUGGCUGGCGCCAUACACGCUCGCGCCGUCGCUUGUCUUCUUGGCGAGUCACCAUUUUGCGACCUUCGCCAGCGAGAUUUUGCAAGAUCCUCUCGACGCCUGGUGCUUCGGAAUCGCCUGCACGAUAUGGACCUUUGUCGCAAUUGCCUUCUUCUACUUUCUGCUGUUCCCGGAUGGCGCGCAGCAUCUGCUCACUCUUCCGCAGUACCGCCUCGUCCCGCUGACGAAGCUCCCAGACAACCUAGGGCCUGCUCCGGGUCGCCCGCCGCUCUUUCCGCACCUGCGGAUGCUUUUUUCUGAGUUUUUCAAGGACACAUGCAGCCCUACGGCGCGCAUGAUGGCGUACAUGUAUUGCACCAAGGCAAGCAGCUUGCUGUCUCAAAUCCGCCGCGAGCAGAGCCUGUGGGAAUCGCAGGCUCACGCUGCACAGGCAAGGUACACAGCUGCGGGCAGCAAGGUAGGCACGCCGGUGACCGCACGGACUGGAGCCCCCGGACUCACGUCCCUUUUCGAGGCAACGUCGCUGAUAUCCGCGAAGGCAGCCACGAGCAAGAAGACGUCAGCCAGGCUUCCUGGCUCAUCGUCAGUGUCUCACUCCGAGGCUUCUGUGACGCUUGCUGCCGAGGCUAAGGGGCAGGCAGUCCUGCCGCCGCCGUCUUUCGCAGCGGAGUCGCCAUCCUCCGGGCUCCAGCACGACAGCGCCAUUCCUUCCUCGGCUGCGUCGUCUUCGCCGGCCUGCUCCCCACAUUCGUCGUGUUCAUUCCCCUGGCUUGCGAACCAGACUGUUUCCCCUCCUGCCAGGCCCCGCCCGUCACUGCAGGGGGUCGUGAGGACGAGCUCUCGAGGGCCUGCUUCUCACAAGCAGACUGUGUACAAAGCCAAAAAGUCUGUUUCUUUCGAGGACUUCUAG